AUGAAAUCUCCACCAGUGGCAAAGAAGGUGGAACACAAGUUGGAGAUGUUUGGUGAUGUUAGAGUGGACAAUUAUUAUUGGCUUCGUGAUGAUUCACGUACCAAUCCUGAGGUUAUUUCUUAUCUUCAACAAGAGAAUGCCUAUACGGAUUUUUUUAUGUCUGGAACCAAACAAUUUGAGGAUCAGCUAUUCAAAGAAAUAAGAGGGAGAAUCAAGGAGGAUGAUAUAUCAGCCCCACAUAGAAAAGGACCUUACUAUUACUAUACAAGGAAUUUGGAGGGAAAGGAGUAUGUUCAGUAUUGUCGCCGAUUUAUACCCGAUCACGAUGCCACACCAAGUUCUGUCCAUGAUACAAUGCCAACUGGACCUGAUGAUCCUCCAGAGCAUGUUAUUCUUGAUGAGAAUGUUAAAGCUCAAGAGCACGGAUUUUACAGCAUUCAUGCUUUUAAUGUUAGUCCAAAUAAUAAGUUGGUUGCGUAUGCUGAAGACACAAAGGGUGACGAAAUUUACACUGUUCAUGUCAUUGAUGCGGAGACUGGAGCUCCUGUAGGGAAGCCUCUGACAAGAGUAACAUCUUAUGUUGAGUGGGCCAACGAUGACAUUUUGGUUUAUAUAACAAUGGAUGAGAUCCUUCGGCCUGAUAAGGAUACCCAUCUUUUUGCCAACUACCUUGCUGUAUAUGAGCGUGAAAAUGGUUUGCCCAAGGUAACAGUUUAUCGCCUACCAGCUGUUGAUGAGCCACUUACAAGCCUUGAAGAUGGUCGGACAAUUGACUUUAUCGACCCUGUAUAUACAGUGGAACCAGCACCAUCACAAUUUAAUUCUAGCAUUUUGAGAUUUUCUUAUAGCUCUUUGAGGACGCCUGACUCUGUGUAUGACUAUGAUAUGAACACAGGCACUUCUGCUGUUAAGAAAAUUGAGACGGUCUUGGGAGGCUUUGAUGCAUCCGAGUAUGUUACUGAAAGGAAAUGGGCCACUGCUUCUGAUGGCACUCAGGUCCCUAUAUCAAUUGUCUAUAGGAAGAAUCUUGUGAAGCUUGACGGAUCUGAUCCAUUUCUGCUUUAUGGUUAUGGUUCAUAUGAGGUAUGCAUAGAUCCCUGGUUCAAGGCAUCAAGGUUAUCUUUACUAGAUCGUGGUUUUAUAUUUGCCAUUGCUCACAUUCGUGGAGGUGGUGAAAUGGGAAGGCAGUGGUACGAGAAUGGGAAGUACUUGCAGAAAAAGAAUACUUUCACAGAUUUUAUUGCUUGUGCGGAGUAUUUAAUAGAACAGAGGUACUGUUCGAAGGAAAAACUGUGCAUCGAAGGAAGGAGUGCUGGGGGGUUGCUCAUGGGCUCUGUUCUUAACAUGAGACCUGAUUUGUUUAAGGUUGCUUUUGCUGGAGUACCUUUUGUAGAUGCUCUGACUACAAUGCUUGAUCCAACUAUCCCUCUUACAACUUCAGAGUGGGAGGAAUGGGGAGACCCUCGGAAGGAGGAGUUCUACCACUAUAUGAAGUCAUAUUCUCCUGUGGACAAUGUCAAGGCUCAAAAUUAUCCUCAUAUUCUUGUUACAGCCGGCUUACAUGAUCCUCGCGUUAUGUACUCGGAACCUGCCAAGUUUGUGGCAAAGCUAAGGGAGAUGAAAACUGACGAUAAUAUGCUAUUGAUGAAAUGUGAAUUUGGUGCUGGACAUUCAUCGAAGUCGGGAAGAUUUGAGAAGCUUCAAGAACAAGCAUUCAUAUAUACUUUCAUUUUGAAAGCACUAAAUAUGAUUCCUGACCUUAGCUCUAGCCUCUAA